CGACGUGUGAGCGUGAAACCUGACCCAGAUCAGAGUGUGGAGGACCAGUGGCCUGUCACCCCUCCAACUGUAACACCAAAACCGGGGGUCCACCUCAAACCCGGAAUGACCGUCUUGUAAUGUGGACCGUCGGCCGUAGAAGCAAUCCAUGCCGCAGUCACCCCGCCGUGCCUUCCUGAGUCCCGACGGGCCGAGACCUACCGCCAUGGCCUCCCCGUCACUCCGGUGCACAUCUGUCAGACUCCCCGCUCUCGUCCUGCUCCUGGUGUCGGUGACCACUGUGCAGUCCUCCCAAGGAGACAAGGAGCCGGUUUACCGAGACUGUGUGAAGCAGUGUGUCCGGACCAACUGCACCGGAGCUCGGCUACGGGGCUUCCAGUCCGCCCAGCCGCAGUACAUGGCGCUGACAGGUUGGACAUGCCGUGAUGACUGUCGGUAUCAGUGCAUGUGGACUACAGUGGGCCUUUACCAGGCGGAGGGCUACAGAGUCCCACAGUUUCAUGGCAAGUGGCCAUUUGCACGCUUCCUGUGUUUUGAGGAGCCUGCAUCUGCCCUGGCCUCCCUACUUAACGGUCUGGCUUGCCUUCUCAUGCUUCUGCGUUAUCGGAGCACAGUCCCACGCCAGAGCCCCAUGUACCACACCAUCAACGCCUUCUCUCUGGUAUCUCUUAAUGCCUGGUUCUGGUCCACAGUAUUUCACACCCGGGACACGUAUCUGACUGAGAAAAUGGACUAUUUUUGUGCGACUGCUGUCAUACUUUAUUCAAUCUACCUAUGCUGUGUCAGAACGUUGGGUCUGAGGCGGCCCGGGGUCUCCAGUAUGGUCGGAGUCCUGCUCAUCUUGGCCUUUACCUCGCAUGUGUCCUACUUGACAUUUAUUAGUUUUGAUUAUGGUUACAACAUGGCUGCUAAUGCCUCCAUAGGCAUGGUGAACCUCCUGUGGUGGCUGUGCUGGUGCUGGCAGAACCGGCGGACCCUGCCCUACUGGUGGAAGUGUGGCCUGGUGGUGCUGCUGCUUCAUGGCCUGGCCCUGCUUGAGCUACUUGACUUCCCUCCACUGCUUUGGGUGUUGGAUGCCCACGCUGUUUGGCACCUCAGCACCAUCCCAGUUCACUUCCUUUUCUAUAGUUUCCUGAUAGAUGACAGCCUCUACCUUCUAAACACGGAGAAGAUGGGCGUCAAAGUCGAGUAGGAGGAGCUUAGCACCUCUUCACCAUGCCUCCACCCUUGCAUCUCUUCAGUCCGGGUAGCCGCACACCCAAAUAACACAGGAGCAGCUCAGCCUCCCAGAUGACAUCUAUUACACCUCUACAACUAUGACUUCCAUCAACGUAGACUUUGUUUACAUUUUUUGUUUUAAUUUUCUUGUAUUUAUUUGUGAUAAUUUUCCUUUUCCGGUGAUGAUCACAGUGCUUGCUCUGCUUCACUUUGCCUUGUACUGAUACAUGCGCUGCCAUUCUUUUGCUGUAUAUCACACCUGAAAAACAGGAUGAAGGAAACCAUCUCCAACCACAGCAGUUUUUUUUUUUUGUUUAAUUUUAUUUUUUACCUGACUCUUCCAACUGUGAUUGAGGUGCAUAUCCUGUUUCUUGUAAGUCACGGGUAUUUCUGAAAUCGAUCCAGCAAUCCAUCUCGAUCCCCUCAACCCAGGAUUUGACCUCCCACAAGCCCACUCUCACCAGCUUCAGCCUAUGAGGUGACUAAGAAAAAAAAGCUUUGCACAAAUGACAGUUUGCUGUGUCUGACAAUAGAUGGCACCAAACCCCUUACCAAGCCAUCAUCACACAUACUCGACAAGAGUGCAGCAUGUGUCAGGGUCCGUCUGUGCCAAAAGUGGACUGGCGUUCACAGAGAGGUGCCCCUUGUGAAGUGUGUAUGGGGGGGGCUGCCAGUGGAUUGUUCUAGACAGCAGGGUAAAGGGAGUUUAUGUUUGGAGGCCAUUCUAGCUGACUGUGUUUUUUUUUCUUUUCUCACCAUCACACCUUUAUUUUUGUGCCUGCAUUGUUUCCACUGCUGCUUUUGUUUCUUAUACUUAUCAUCAUUUUAGAUUUUUUUUUUUUUUUUCUUUUAACGUCCAUCAGCUGCCUUUUUAAAUACUUCUAUUUUCAUGCUGUUCUAUUUUGACCACUUUGUGCUUUAUGUUGUCUCUUAUUACAUGAUUUUGGAUUUGGGUAUGAUUUGUUAUAAAAUGUAAAUAUUAUUUUUAAUCACCUGGAUUGCCUUUUGGUGUGAGAAAAGGAGAAAAUGUUUGAAGUUGAAAAAAAAAAAAAAUCAGCAAUGCAACAGAAGGCUGCUGUCAACAGGCUUUAUGACAUGCAUCAAGAAUUUCUGGGGUUUUGGUGGUGUGCGAAUGAGUAUUUCAUUGUUUCCUUGAAGCUCAUUAUUUGGAUUUGGUUACAUUUCCUGCUGCAAUAUUCCCCAGAAUGGCACAUACACAACCAGCUGUUUCACAAAGAGCACUCCAUUACAUAAAUGCUCCAUUUCCCUCCAUGUCUGCCUUAUCAAAAUCCCAUUUCUUCUUGUAUAAGGUUUUUGUAUCAGAUCUAUUUUUCAGCUCAGAGAAACUUUGAAUUCAUACCAUGUAUGUCUUCAUCCCUCCGAGUUUCCCUUCCAUAUGCGCACUUUAGGGCUGUGUGUACAUGUACAUGUGUUUUUUUGUGUGAAACUCUAUGCCCAUGCCUUUGUAUGUCAGUGUGAGAAUGCGAACAAUGAGCAGUAUGUGUGUAAACGUUGCCUUGACUCGACACUGUGUUGUUUUUGCCCUCACUAACUAUAACCCUGUGUGUGUUUGAGAGCUAGAUUGUACUCGAUCCUUUUGUAAAACUACUGAUGUGCAAGAGUGUGUGUGUGUAAGUGUGUGUGUGUGCGUUCCAGGUUUGCUGCAUGAACGUGUGGCAGACGAUGGGUAAAUUUAGCUUUGCUGACAGCCUGUGAUGGGGGUGGGGGAAGACAAGAGGACGAAAGACACGGAGAGGGUGUCGUGGUGUUUGGGUGGCAAAAAUGAUUCCUGAAAUUAAAGCAGAGUGAGGUCUUUAUCAGAUCAGAAACCACGUGUAGGAUGUUUUAAUCUUCUGUUAUGACAGCAUCUGGAUAACCUUCCACUUUAACAAUAUCCAGUUAUCUUAAAUGACUCUUGAUAAAAUACUAAAUUGUUGUCUCAUCUCAUUGCAGUCUGUUUACAUAAAUUCAAGAUGAGCUGUUUGUUCACCUGAUGAAUUCAGUUUUUGUUCUGUAAGUCAUGUUCUUAUUCUUUUCCCUCUUUUUUAUUUUAAAAGACCCCUCGACCCUCCUCUUCUUUCACUCAUCUGCUGCCCCCUGCCUGCUGCCCUGUGCACCAUCACCUCUCCUACCGAGUGCACUUUCCUCCACCUCACUUCUAAUAGUUGACCAAAAAAUGCAAAAGAAAUAUUAAAGACAUGGAACAAAUAAAUGUGACAUUUGUUGAUAAGGA